AAAGUUGAUACUUCUUUUUUUCUCUCAUUUGAGACCACUGGAACUAUCCAUGCUUUCUUAUUAUUUUACUUCUAUCUGUGGAGCCCCUCCAUGGACAUGAACACCUGAUGGAUGUGCAUCCCUGUGCCUGGUUCUGGAAUGACAGCAGUUACCCACCCUGUUCCCCCUAGACAUAGGAGUCACAGAAGCACAGAAUCAAUUAGGUUGGAAAAAAACCUCCAAGAUCAUUGAGUCCAACCUAAGGCCCAACACCACCUUGUCAACCAGACCAGGGCACUGAGUGCCACAUUCAGUCUUUCCUUAAAAACCUCCAGGAAUGGUGACUCCACCACCUCCCUGGGCAACCCGAUCCAAUGUCGAAUCACCCUUUCUGUGAAGAAAUUCCUCCUAAUGCCCAACCUAAACCUGUUCUGAAGACUGUGUCCCCUUGUCGCUGGUUUCCUGGGAGAAGAGCCCGACACCCACCUGGCUACAGCCACCUGUUGGGGAGUUGUUCAGAGCGAUAAGGUCCUCCCUGAGCGUCCUUUCUCCAGGCCAAACACUCUCAGCUCCCUCUAGAGCUCCUCAUCAGACCUGUGCUCCAGACCCUUCCCCAGCUCUGUUGCCCUUCUCUGGACUCGUUCCAGCACCUCAAUGUCCUUCCUAAAUUGAGGGGCCCAGAACUGGACACAGCACUGUCACCUUCCCAUGUCAUCCUGAGGGGACAGGGAACGCACAUCGUGCUGUGGGAGGGGAAGGGUCAACUCCCAAGACCAGGAGUGGGGACGGGGGACAGCGCGGGGACACCUGCACCUUGCUGGGAUGGGGACAGCCCCACCGAGAGAACAGCUCCGGUAAUGUGUCCCCUCUCCCCCAUCUCUCGGACUGUUCCCCGCGCCCGGGGCCGCUGCACGGUGGCGCUGAGGGCGGCUCCACCGCGGCCAUGUUGAGGGCGGGGAGCGAGGAGGGCGCGGAGGUAGCGCCAGAGCCGCUGCGGGCGCGGCGCCUCCUGCUCCCACCACCCGCUGCCGCCGCUGCUCCUGUCGCUCACAGCGCCCGCAGCCGCCGCCGGCGGGGCCGCGCUCUAUGGCGAACCCCAGCCCCUGCAUCGUGAUUGGUGAUGAUGAACAAGGUUACGACCUGGAUUUGUUCUGCAUACCUAAACAUUAUGCAGAUGAUUUGGAAAAAGUCUAUAUUCCUCAUGGGCUCAUCAUGGACAGGACAGAGAGACUGGCACGAGAAAUUAUGAAAGGCAUGGGAGGACACCACAUUGUGGCACUCUGUGUACUCAAGGGUGGCUAUAAUUUUUUUGCUGAUUUAUUAGACUACAUCAAAGCCCUGAACAGAAACAGUGACAAAUCAAUCCCCAUGACAGUUGACUUCAUUAGGUUGAAGAGUUACUGUAAUGAUCAGUCAACUGGAGAUAUCAAAGUCAUUGGAGGAGAUGACCUCUCAACCUUGACUGGAAAGAAUGUUUUGAUCGUAGAAGAUAUAAUUGAUACUGGUAAAACAAUGAAAACGUUGCUGUCUCUACUUAAACAGUACAAUCCAAAGAUGGUGAAAGUAGUCAGUUUGUUGGUGAAAAGAACUCCUCAAAGUGUGGGAUAUUGGCCAGACUGUAAGUGA